GGAGGAGAGGCCGAGCAUCCUGGGCCCCACCCUCAGGUCUAUAUAAGAGAGAGCAGCUUCAGUCUGAGCAGCACUGAGGAGGGAGCCACACCGCCCAGAACCAAAACCCAAGGUCCAAUCAAAGGUCUAACUUUGCUUUACUACCACAAAGAUGUCUUACCUAGCACCUGUGCUUGUUAUUGGGGAACGCGGCGGUGGUUCUUUUACUUUCACCGGGGAAAGCAACGGGGCCACGCUAAAGAAGCUGUGUGUGUGGGUGGGAGUGUGGCAGGUGAGGGGCAUCAAGGUUUGGCUGACCGAUGAUCAGGUCCAGCAGUUUGGAAAGCCUGAAGGAGGAUUUUCAGAGUUGGAAUUUCAGGAUGGUGAGCAGAUUAAGUCGCUCUCCCUGUGGGGCAAUAAUGAUGGAACUCGCCUAGGCGCCAUCAGGAUCAGGACCCCAGCAUCCCAGGAAUUCUUCCCAAAGAUGACCAAAUGGGAUCUGAAACAAGAGAAAAAAGAGUACCCCAUUCCUGUUGGGUCUGGAAUUUGUUUGGGAGUUCUAGGAAGGUGUGGUCAUGACAUAGAUAGUCUGGGGUUUGCAUUCAUCAACACCAUCCAGUCAACCGAGCUGAUCAACAUUUACUACCCCACCCUCCACCAGGUGAUCCCUCAGGUGGCCACAGAGGAGAUCAAGUCUGUCACUUACACCAAUAACACUGGCGUGGCUCAGUCCUACACAGUUGAAUCCAGUAAAACCAUCACCAAGAAAUCCUCCUGGUCCGUGUCAAACAAAAUGGAAGCGACCUUCAAAUUUGAGGUCAAGGCAGGGAUACCAGAGGUGGUCGAAGCGACUACUGGCUUCAGCUUCACUGUCAGUACAGAAAGCUCCUACGGUCUAGAGAACACUGAUGAGAGGAAGGAGACGUACACCUUCCCGGUCAAUGUUCCUCCUGGGAAGACGGUGGAUGUGAAAGUCACCAUUGGCAGAGCCACUGUGGAUCUCCCUUACAUGGCAAAGGAGAAGAUAACCUGCUCCAACGGGAAAACCCUCAAGUUCAACACCAGCGGGAUCUACAAAGGCGUCACCUACACCAACGCUAAAACCAUUGUGACAGAAAAGUGAAUCCUACCGAGGCCAGCUCCUCGUGUUAACUUCCUUUCCCCAUUCAGGCAUUUUCUGUCCUCACCUGUACACACUAUAUCAGGGGUGUCAAACAUACGGCCCGCGGGCCGGAUACGGCCCAUCAGAUGGUUCAAUCAUGAAGUCCAGUCAUGAAGAGUAAAAAUUAUAAGAAUGUUUAAAAAACAAGCACGUUUAUAGUCCAUUCCUGUGGCAAGUUAUGAUUUUUUAAAGAAAUAACCAAAAUGCUCAAAACAGGUGAAAAAUCAUGUCUUUGCACCUGCCAAAAGGGAAACCUAACGGCUCCUUGUCUGAAUAAGAUGUAGUUUGGUUCCCCACAAGCGCCAUUGCUGUUACAUUGUUAUAAGAAUGAUCAGUAGUGACACCCUAAUGACCAAGAUGUUGUCAAAAAGAAAAAAAGGAAAAAAAAGGGUUGAAAUGAAGUCCUGAGCUUUCCAGGAAAAAUGGACAAAGUUUUAUUUGUUUGCGGAGUUGAAUGCAAAACCGGUGCGCUUGUUAUUUCAUCAACAGUUGGCAGUGCUCAAAGAAUAUAAUUUUCAGCACCACUGUGAGACAAUGAGAUAAUAAGGACAGUUUCACCAUUUGCAGUUAAGAAAAGAGAGGAUUUACCAACUUAAAGCUGGACUGAAAAAAA